AUGGACACCUCUCCCAGCUCCUGGCUGCCCGGCGGGGAGUUCUUCACGGACAACCCGGAGAACUCCAGCGAGUGGCCCUGGACGGACGGACCGACCGACACGGGAUGGCGCCAUCACCAGUCGGCAGACCCCGUGGGCUAUGAAGGCUACCUCGCCAGUGCAAUCUACCUUACCCUCACAGGGUUGAUAGCCUUACCCGGGAACGCCGUCGCCAUCACGGUGUUCCUGACGGAAAAGGACUUCCGUAAGAAACAGCAGAACAGUUUUGUCCUGAAUCUGGCCAUAGCUGACUUCAGCGUCUGCGUCUUCGCAUAUCCCUUGUCUGCUACAGCAGGGUUCGCAGGAGGAUGGGUGCUCGGAGAUGUUGGCUGUACGAUCUAUGGGUUCCUCUGCUUCACUUUUUCCCUGGUCAGCAUGGUCACCCUGUGUGCCAUCAGCGUCUACCGCUACAUCGUCAUCUGUAAACCACAGUAUGCGCAUCUGCUGACCCAUCGCAGGACCAACUACGUCAUCAUCGGGAUCUGGCUGUUCUCUCUGGUGUUCACGGUCCCUCCGCUAGUCGGACUUAACCGCUACACUUACGAUCCAAUGGGGAUCAUCUGCUCCUUGGACUGGAACGUGCAGCACCCCACAGAGACGGCCUACGUCGUGGCGGUUCUUGUUAUCCUCUAUAUCCUGCAGGUCCUGAUCAUGUGCUUCUGCUACUUCAACAUCAUCGUCAAGUCGGCCAACUUGAAGUUCGCGGCUCUGGCCAAUGAAGAAACUAAAAAGGCUGCAAAGAAAGACACCUCGAAGACCUCACUGAUGUGCCUGACCAUGGUGGUGUCCUUCCUGAUCGCCUGGACCCCGUAUGCCGUGUCCUGUACCUGGGACAUCCUGUCUGAGGAAGAUCUGCCCAUCAUCGCCACCAUCCUGCCCAGCUUGUUCGCCAAGUCGUCCUGCAUGAUGAACCCCGUCAUCUACGCCUGCUGUAGCAAUAAGUUCCGCCAGGCGGCAGCUAAGUCCUUCCGCAGGCUUGGCUUUAUGCGCAGGUAAAACGUUCCCGUAGCCAC